AUGGAUGUUAACACGAACGGAGAUAUGAACAAAAGCUGCACGGCGCACUACGGCGAGGACAGCGUCGGCUCGUUCCCAUACUUCGAGUACAACGUACCGCGGAACGUGACCACCGUGGUCGGACAGACCGCGUUCCUCCACUGCAGGGUUGAACAGCUCGGGGAUAAAGCGGUAUCAUGGAUAAGGAAGAGAGACCUGCACAUACUAACAGCUGGCAUACUAACUUACACAUCCGAUCAGAGAUUUCAGGUGAUCAGACCAGAGAAGUCAGAAAACUGGACACUCCAGAUCAAGUUCCCCCAGGAACGGGAUGCGGGUAUCUACGAGUGCCAGGUGAACACCGAACCCAAGAUGUCCUUGGCCUUCCAGCUCAACGUAGUUGAAGCGAAGGCGCACAUCUUGGGUCCUGUAGACCUGUAUGUGAAAACCGGCAGCUCGUUGGCGCUGACCUGCAUCUUGAGCCAGGGUCCGCAUGACCUCGGCACCAUAUUUUGGUAUAAGGGAUCAAAUAUAAUAGAAUAUAAAGAAGUAGAAGAGAACGAGAUAGAGGAGCCGAGGAUCAGACUGAAGACGGAGUGGACCGAGCAGCUGACGUCACGGCUGACCAUAGACAAGCUGCUGCCGGGAGACAGUGGGAACUACAGCUGCGUGCCCACUAUGGCCGAAGCGGCUUCGGUCAACGUGCAUGUUAUUAAUGGCGAGCACCCAGCAGCGAUGCAGCACGGUAACGCGAACACAGCAUCGCCUUGCGCACUCUCUGUCAACCUCCUCAUCUCGCUGUAUUGCACCUUAGCAACUCUCUCCACAAGCACGAUAGACGGGUUUAGAUGAAAAUUAACCAAUUGAUAUUGAACUCUAAUUAUGCAGUGAUUAUGGAUGAAAGUUAGUCUUUUUAAUCUGGAAAAUAGUUCUGGGGAUGUAGAAGAGAAGUCUUUUUGCAAUCGUUGACGCUGCAAUAAAAAGGUUCAGUUUGACAAUCGUUAACUUUAACAAUAUGUAUGAGGAUGGUAUGUUUUAGCGAUAGACUUAUCGAUACGAUAUGUCAUUAUUGUUUGAUUUUUUAGCAUUAACGGUUGUAGAAAGCCAUCUUGACUACGAACCCAUGGUGGUAAAUGAAUUCUUCAACCAUAGAAAUAACAAUCAUCGACUAAGGGAAUACCUCUCAUAAAUCGAUAUUCUUUUUGGACUCCAUUCUUAUCAUCAGACGCAGUGGAGUGAUAUGCCUAAGGGAAUCACCAAGGAGAAACAUUGACAAGAAAACUUUUUAUGAUUAAAAAUUGACAUAAAGAUAACACUCGUACUACAAAUUUAAAGUUUCAUUUAGUCUUGACUACCUACAAUAGUACUUUCUACAUUAUUAUCUGAACUUAUAUAAUAAGAGUGGGGUCGAAAUGUUGACAGACGAGAUCUUAACUCCUGGCUAGUGAAUACUACGUCAGCCUAUUUAUAAAAGGAUAUACAGAGGCUGACCCCGGAACGCCACACACUUACGUGGGCCAAUAUGGCGGGUUUUAACACCUUGUGUACGGUGCUCGCUACGGGCGGAUAUAAAAUAUCAUACCACUAGCAACUGAGUAUUAUAUCUAUUGCAAUUGCAGAUGUAGAAUAUAUACAUUUACCAGGAAAAUAAACCUGAUUUGGUAUUACUACUUUUGCUUAUAAAUUUUAAAGUUAACGUCAGUAUAAUGAAUUAGUUCCCUGUUUUACCACAUCAUGACGAGGUUUUUGUUUUCCUGAUCGGGCUAUAAUAUAAACAAAACUUAUUAAACCGAAACAAUAGCGGCGAUAGCCUAGUUGGGUGCGAAACG